AUGGAAACAGGCUACUAUGGUGACGAGUCCGCGGAUGAGCAACAAAACGCGCAGCCGAAUCCCGAGUUUCUCCUGGCCCCGUUAAACGCCGCAGCCCGCAAGGUGGUCAACCACGAGAACAACCAGUCAUUACGCACCCUCGUCAACGACACCAUCGGUUUGUGGUGCAGCUUCUCCAGCCAAGGAAAACCGGUCUACACCCUGGGUAGCGAUGAAGACGUCGACAUCUAUUUACCCGACACAAAAUCGAGCAGCAAGGGCUCACCGCAUAUCUCGGGUGUCCAUGCAUCGUUUAACCUGGUGGAAAAAACGGGCGCGAUAUUACUGUUCGACGAAUCCGACAACCACACGGUCGAGCCGCUCUCUUCCAGCAACUCCUACACCGUCAAGUUCCGACACUCCAAAUCGGUCCUCGUGGCGCAAGGCAUCAACCCCAGGAUAGCCCUGGGCCAAGACCAAUGGUACCAGUUCGAAAUACAAUGGCACUCAGAGGGGUUGUACGACUUCCCCAAGGACGAGCCUUAUAGGAUGGGGCCUAGGAGCUCACGGACGAAGAAAUACCUGUUCGGAGGGGACAUUGGCGCUGGCUCGUACGGUGCCGUGUCCUGGGCCAUGGAUGCGACCAACGGCCGGAUCGUUGCCGUCAAAAAGUUCCACAAGCUGUCUGGCAAGAAUCUCGAGUUUGCAACGCGGGAGAUUGCUAACUUGUUUCGGAUCACCAAGGACGACUCCAUCAAACAUGAACACAUUCUGCAGAUUUUGGACUACUUCGGUGGUGGAAAGGGCGAUGGUUGGGGAGAGAUCAUGAUGCCGCUCAUGAAGGGAAACCUCAAGGCCUUGAUCGAUAAACACACGCCAAGAGAGGACCACCGCGGGAUCUCCGACCUGGUUCUACGCCAGAUGCUUCUUGCCUUGGAGUGCAUCGCCCACCACAAGAUCAUCCACCGGGAUGUGAAGCCGGAGAACAUUCUCUGGGAUUUGGACGAGUCGACAGGGACCUACCGCUUUUGCCUCGGUGAUUUUGGGCUGUCGAACGACCCGGAACUGGCCCGGACCGCUGCGGGGACAGAACCGUUCAUGGCCCCCGAGGUCUUUGGCAGGAAGCGCCAAACCACGAAAGUCGACAUUUGGUCGCUGUUCGCCACCAUUGUUUGGACUCGCACACCUACGUUUCGACAGAGGUGCUCUCAGAUGGGAGCCCUCAACUUACAUGCCUGGCUGGUGGAGUUCGCGAAGACAGAAGACUACGCGAACAUCAAGCGGAUGGCUAGCAUGGAACCCAAGAAGCGGCCGUCAGCAACAGAGCAGCUGGCGAUCCUCGACGGUCAGUUCGAUGACGAAGCCAGCGUGGACAGCUACGGUAGCACGAGCGGAGACGAGUUGGGCGAUGACCUGAACGCCCACUUCUCCAACGUUUUGAACCUGCAGGAUGGCACGCCCGGCCUGAUGUUUGGCUCGGGAAGCUCCGGCGCGGUCACGUCGCCGGAGAUGCCGUACUAUGAGCCGUACCUGAGUGGCGUGCUCCAAGAGUCGUACAUGAGUACUCGUGGAGGGCCGAGCAAGGGUCACUAUGGAGAUGUGGCGGACGGCGCAGAUGCCCCGAGGGGAUACCAUGUUCGUGUUUACGCUUUGCAAAUCCCCAAGUUCAAUUCAGUAGUGCUAAUCCGUGACACACAGCAGCACUAUGUUAACCCUUACACGAACCCAUACGGCCCAGCCGUCGCCCGCAACAGUGGGAGCGGGACAGAAGUCCCGGAUAACUGGACUGCCGUGGCGCCUACGACGGUCGAAGCCGUUGACGAGCCGACCGUAGAAGAGUUUCCACGAAGAAAGCACAAGGGGAAGCACCGGGCCUAG